AUGUAUGUCGCGAAUCCGGAAUUAACGCAAUACACGAGUGAUAGUAGGUGUCAGGACAUAUCUAGAUUCGAAUUGACCAAUCACCAACUGCUACGUGGUCAUAAUGGACCGAGUAAUGACGGAGUUCAAGACAUGGAAUUAUCUGGCCGGAGAAUGAUCCGAGACUGAUCCACCUCCGACCAGCUCCCAAAAGAACCGGAUCCACGCGAUUCUCGCCGGAUUCUGCCCCGCCGGACAUGCUUAGGGGGCGAGGGGGCGGGGGCGGGCGGACGAUCCGGAAGCGCUGGAUGGCGUCCAAAAAGAGCAUCAAGAUCCUCCUCACCCUCCUCACCGCCAUCACUCUCGCCUCCUUCGCCCCCGCUCUCACCCCUCUCCCCGUCCUCUCCUCCUCUCGCCACCAUCUCUCCUCGGGCAAUGCUCGAGGGUUCUGGAUAGCUGAUGACAUGUUUUGGAAAGAUGGCCGACCUUUUCAGAUCAUCGGCGGCGAUGUGCAUUAUUUUCGUGUUCUUCCUGAGUACUGGGAAGAUAGACUUUUAAGAGCCAAGGCACUCGGCUUGAACACCAUCCAAACCUACGUUCCUUGGAAUUUACAUGAACCAGAACCCCAGAAAUGGGUUUUUGAGGGUAUUGCAGAUAUCGAAUCGUUUUUGAAGCUUGCACAAGAAUUAGGUUUUCUUGUCAUGCUACGUGCAGGACCCUACAUCUGUGCAGAGUGGGACUUUGGAGGUUUUCCUGCGUGGUUGCUAGCUAUAGAACCAGCUCUCAAACUGAGAUCAUCAGAUCCUGAAUUCCUUCAGUUGGUCGAAAGAUGGUGGGGAGUUUUGCUUCCAAAAAUGUCUCCUCUACUGUAUGAGAAUGGGGGUCCUAUUAUUAUGGUUCAGGUAGAAAAUGAGUUUGGAUCAUAUGGGGAUGACAAGAAAUAUCUCCAUCACCUAGUGACUUUGGCCAGAAGGCACCUUGGGAAUGAUAUUGUUCUGUAUACUACGGAUGGUGGCUCUAAAGAUGCACUAGAAAAGGGAACUAUUCCUGAGGAGGGUGUUUUCUCAGCUGUUGAUUUUUCAACUGGUGACAAUCCAUGGCCAAUAUUUAAGUUGCAGAAGAAGUACAAUGCACCAGGAAAAUCGCCUGCUCUAUCAUCGGAAUUUUAUACAGGAUGGCUUACACAUUGGGGAGAGCAGAUUGCAGAAACUGGUGCCAGCUUUACAGCUGCAGCCCUGCAAACGAUUUUAUCUCGAAAUGGUUCUGCAGUACUCUAUAUGGCUCAUGGUGGAACCAAUUUUGAGUUUUUCAAUGGUGCAAAUACUGGUCAGAAUGAAUCUGAUUACAAGGCUGACCUCACUUCUUAUGAUUAUGAUGCUCCAAUCAAGGAGUCUGGUGAUGUGGACAACCCAAAGUUCAAAGCGUUAAGAAGAGUCAUUGAGAAAUAUAGCAGCGUAGCUCUUCCCCCAGUUCCUUCCAAUAAUAAGAGGGCAAGUUAUGGGCUUUUUAAGGUUAGCAAAAUUGCUUCCUUCUUUGAGGUCCUUGAUACCAUAUGUUCUCCAAUGGAGGUGGUUGAAGCAGAACAUCCCCUUGCAAUGGAGUCGGUAGGCCAGAUGUUUGGAUUUGUAUUAUAUGUGACAGAAUACUCCCAAAAGGAAACAAGUAGUAUUCUUUCAAUUCCCAAGGUGCGUGACAGAGCCCAAGUGUUUGUUUCAUGCUCAAUUGAUGAUAAGGGAAGUCCAAGAUAUGUUGGUGUAAUUGAAAGAUGGUCAAACAAGGCACUUGCAAUGCCCAAAAUCACUUGCUCUUCUAACAUCAGCUUAUUUGUUCUGGUGGAAAAUUUGGGUCGUGUAAAUUAUGGGCCAUACAUGUAUGACAGGAAGGGAAUACUGUCCCCAGUUAUACUGGACAACAUCGUUCUCCAUCGGUGGAAAAUGCAUCCAAUCUCAUUUCAGAGAUUUAUUAAUCAUUCAAAAGAUAAUCCUAUCAUGCAAGUUGCCAAUUCUAGAAUUAAUAAGAUAUCGAUCCAGAAUAGUCUGAAAGAUCACUCCAGCAGGUUCUCAUUUUCACUUAAAGAGAGUAUUUCAGAGGAACCAGGAUUUUACAAAGGUCAUUUCUAUAUAAAUUCAAUAAACCAAGUUAGAGAUACAUUCAUAUCAUUUCGUGGUUGGAGCAAAGGGGUUGCUUUUGUGAACAAUUUCAAUAUUGGGAGAUUUUGGCCGUUGUUUGGACCUCAGUGCACCCUUUAUGUUCCUGCACCAAUCCUUCAACAUGGAGAAAAUGUUGUGGUCAUACUAGAGUUACAUGCUCCCAAUCCUGAUCUCACUAUCGAGUUGGUGGAAAAUCCAGAUUUUACAUGUGGACCAAAACUUCAUCAUAAAUGAUCUCAUGCAUUUUCAUCCAGAGGUACAGCUAUGUGCAUGAAAAGCUUGAGUGCUUCCCAAAUUUUGUUGGUGUGGAUUCUAUAUAAGCCAAGUCACUCAUCAAAAAAAAAAAAAAAACCAACGAAAAGCCUUAUUAUGCAGUGAGUAAGCUGACCCAAAUUUCUCCAUCUGUAAGUGGUAUUAGAGUGGCUGAUGAUCAUGAUAAGAAAUCUUUGGAGUUUCAACUAAAGAAUGAGCACAGGAAGGUCAAAUAUUAAAGGACGAUGUUUUUUUUUUUUUUGAUGGAGAUUAUUAAAGGACAAUGUUGAAAAUUCAACGAUUGUCCAAAAUGCUUAUUUGAGUUUUGCAAGUCUUGCCGGCACCGGAAGCAGUCUUAUGGUAUUUGUUGCGGCAUUGUAUCUAAGUAUCAAUAUGAAUAUAAUUUUGUGUAUUAAAAAGCAGCAAAAAUGUUUUCUCACCCUGUUAUUUGUUCAUUGGUGAUAAUGAUAUCAUGUAUAUUUCAAGGGCUAAUAAA